AACUCAUCCAUCAUUUUUGUGAGCAAUACAACUAUAGAGUUUCUCCCAUCUUCUUGUGUCUUGUUCUUGUGAGUUGAGUGAGUUUGAGAGCUUGUGAGAAGGCUGCCUAGUAUCUCUAACGGAAUUGAGAGCUAGGGCCGCACGACCAAGAGUAAGGCCGUGACAGUUGGUAUCAGAGCCUGGUUCUGAAAGAAGAACCGGUGUCCUCACUCCCCAAGAAGGAAGAUAAGAAAGAGCGAGAGCCUCACCAAAGAUGAUUGGAUCAGAAGUCCACGACGAUGCGGAGAAGCACCGUGGAAGGGAUACCGUGAAGAAUCCCAAACCAAAGGGUGACAAGUCAAGCACUCGUGAUCCUAUGACGUCUCUAGAGAGGCGUGUCUCUAGAAUGGAGGUGAAGUUGGCGGAAGACAUCAGUGCCAUCGAGGAUUUGGGAGCAAACUUCACCCAAGUCGAAAGCGACUUUCAAAGUAUGAAUGCUCGUUUGUCGAGCUUGGAGAUUGGUAAUGAUGGCUUACGAGAAGAGCUUGUGGCCCUCAUCAACAACACCAUCACCACAUCCUUAAACAACGCCAUUGAAGUUGUGAAAGAACAUGUCCAGGCUGAGCUGGUCGGCGUGAAGGAGGAGAUUGCAGACCUCAAGAGUGAGGUCACUCUCGUGAAGAGAGCCAUGGCUAACGGACCUGCCAUUGCACAACCUACCUCAACCAUGGAGGUUCCUAGACCAAAGAGCUUUCAAGGGUCGAGGAAUGCAAGGGAGUUAGAGAACUUCCUAUGGAGCUUGGAGCAAUACUUCGAAGCUUCGGGUAUUCGAGAUGAGAAUACCAAGGUAAAAACUGCACCUCUCUACUUGAGUGAUGUUGCCAUGCUGUGGUGGAGAAGGACCCAAGGCGAUAUCAAUAAAGGGGCGUGCGUGAUGGAGUCAUGGGAUGACUUCAAGAGGGAGAUCAAGAGGCAAUUCUACCCAGAUAAUGUUGAGUUUGAAGCCCGGUCGAGACUAAGGAGGCUUGCUCACGAAGGAGAGAUUCGAGGGUAUGUGAAAGAGUUUUCUGAAUUGUUGCUCGAGAUCCCCGACUACACCGACAAGGAGGCCAUGUUCACCUUCCUUGACGGCCUCCAACCAUGGGCGAAGUUGGAGCUACAACGGCGAGGCGUGCAAAGUCUUGCCGAGGCAAUGGCGAUUGCCGAGUCCCUAGUCGAGUACCACGAGCCGGAGGAACGUGCGGAGUUCGGAGGCAAUGGAGGUGGACGCGACUAUGAUAGAGACACACGAAGGCGUGGUAGACCGGACCAAGGAGGUAGUCAUAAGGUUGAGAAACCACUUACUUGCUUUCUUUGUGAUGGUCCACACCGUGUGAGAGAUUGCCCAAGAAAGCACAAGUUGUCGGCAAUGAAGGCCGUACUGGCAGAGUGCUCGAGCUCGGAAGAGGAAGCAGAGGAGGCUCCAAGAGUGGAGCCCCAUGUCGCGAAGAUCGGUUGCAUGAAGAGAUUGAGCGCCAUCAAGCGGGCGGAAGAGCCUCUCCAACCCGAGCAGCACGGCCAAUGCUUCGUAGAGGCGAAGCUCAACCAAAGGAAAACAAAAGCUUUGGUUGAUACUGGGGCAAGUUGCAACCUUCUUGACGUAGGUGAAGCGCAGAGGCUAGGCAUCACGUACGAGAAGAAGCAAAGAGGGUGGAUGAAAGCUACCAACUCAAGGGCCACAAGAACUCAUGAAGUAGCGCGCCAGGUGCCACUCAAGCUUGGAGGAUGGACCGGGGUGGCAGACUUUGAGGUUGUGUCGUUGGAUGAUUAUCAGGUCAUCGUCGGCAUGGAAUUCAUGGUGCGGGAGAAAGCUUUCCCGAUUCCCUACGCCAAUAGAUUCUGCAUCAAUGGCGGAGCAAGAUCGGUUCCCAUGACAAGAGAGCAACUCGAGUCAAACAAGAGGUGUUUGGCAAGGCAAGAGCAGCGAGAAGUGGCAACGAUGGUGGAGGCAGAGACUCACUCGAAGACUCGUUGGAGAAGGACGAGAAGGAGGAGUGCACAACAUCGUGGAGCCAUGAGAGACGAGGAUGUAUCAUCUUCGACUUGCCAAGAGAAGCAAGGAAAGGCCACCAUGAUCGAGAAGCCGGGACACUCAAAGACGCGACGGAGAAGACCGCGGAGGAGUGAGCAAUAUCAUGGGAGCACAAGGCUCGAGAGCGAGCCAAGGCCAUCCUUGGUUUGGAGGAAGGUGCAACGAGACCUUGCAAGCAAUGAAGCUAAGGCAAGGGACGCGUCUGCCAAAGAGCCACGACGAGGGCGUCGUGGAUUGAGUGAAGGAGAAUGUCACCAACGAGGCUCAAGAGUCGAAAGAGGCUGCUCGAGGUCGAAGGAGGCAUUUUGUAGCAAGGACGCGACGAGGGCGUCGCGAGCAUAGGUGGGGGAGGAUGUCACAUGUGGCAGAUGACAUGGCGCCAACAAGGUGACAACAUGGCGGCUGCACAUGUGGCAUGCAUGGAAGACUAGUAGCAUAGAGAUGCUCCUAGGAUUCUCCACCUUAAUGUAGAGCUUAAUGGUGCACUUAUGAGUCACAUAAUGGUGACAUUGAUAGAGUGCAUAAUGGGGGGGACUUAAUGGGUGUAUUGAUGUAGUAGAGGGACAUUAUGAGGGGGCAUUGAUGCCUUGUAUGUGGAGAGGCCUAUAUAAGGAGCCAUCUCCCUCACUUGUAACUCAUCCAUCAUUUUUGUGAGCAAUACAACUAUAGAGUUUCU